AUGGCGAGAAAAACCAACAAUUGCACCAUAUGCGAGAAUUCAAAUCAAGCUUCUAUAUGUUCUAUUUGUGUCAACUACAAGUUAAACGAGUAUUACACUACGUUGAAAUCAUUGAAAGAGCGUCGAGAUUUGUUGUACUCAAAGUUGAGCGAAGUUCUUGUCCGUAAGGGAAAGGGAGAUGAUCAAACAAAUUGGAGAGUGCUUCGACACGAAAAACUUGCAAGGUUGAGGGAGAAGCUCCACCAUAGUCAAGAACAAGUUACUCAAGGACGGGCUAAGAAUGAGACUAUAUCUGCUGAUCUGAAACAUAAAUAUGGAGUACUUGAUUCUGCCCUUUCUAUGUUGGAAAAGAAUCGAGUGGAGCAACUGGAGAAGUUUUACCCCAAUCUUAUAUGCACCCAAAGCUUAGGGCAUGGGGCGAUCACCUCUGAGCGUCUUCAUAAACAGUCUGUUGUCAUAAAACAAAUAUGCAAGUUGUUUCCACAACGGCGGGUAGUAGUCAAUAUACAGGGCAAGGAUGGAUUAUAUGAUCAAAUUUGUAAUGCACUCUUACCAAGAGCACUUGAUCUCAAGUCUGUUCCACCAGAAGAUCUUUCCGUGUCUUUAGGAUACACGGUGCAACUUCUAAAUCUUAUUGUUCACAACUUGGCUGCCCCAUCACUUCAUAACUCAGGUUUUGCGGGUUCUUGCUCUCGAAUAUGGCAACGUGAUUCUUAUUGGGAUGCACGGCCUUCCUCGAGGAGCAAUGAAUAUCCUCUUUUUAUACCUCGCCAACAUUAUUGCUCGACUAAUGGAGGAGAAAACUCAUGGACUGAUAAAAGUUCAACCAAUUUCGGUGUUGCUUCAAUGGAAUCUGACAGGAGGCCUUGUUUGGAUUCAUCUGGGAGUAGUAGCUUCAACUAUUCUUUAGCUUCUUCCCAUACGGUUCAAACAUAUAACGAUAUUCAACAAGGAAUUUCACUUUUAAAGAAAAGUGUAGCAUGUAUCACUGCCUACUGUUACAACUCCCUAUGUUUAGAUGUCCCUUCUGAGGCAUCUACGUUUGAAGCAUUUGCAAAGUUAUUGGCAACUCUCUCAUCAUCCAAGGAAGUUCGAUCUGUUUUCUCCUUGAAAAUGGUUCGCCCUAGGACAUGCAAACAAGUUCAACAAUUGAACAAAUCUGUAUGGAAUAUGAACUCUGCUAUUUUGUCAUCUACUUCGCUGGAAAGUGCACAUUGUGCGCCCACAUCGAGAAUUGAGAAUUAUAUACCGAGUUCUGCUGCUAGUUUUCUAUAUCCCACCGAUUCAUCUGAUCGAAAACGUGAGUGCCUGAUUGAAGGGUGGGAUAUUGUUGAACAUCCCACUCUUCCCCCUCCGCCAUCACAAACUGAGGAUGUUGAGCACUGGACUCGAGCCAUGUUCAUAGAUGCUAAAAGGAAAUGA